AUGUGUGCCGAGAGGUUGAGCCAGUUCAUGACUCUGGCUUUAGUGUUGGCCACCUUUGACCCGGCGCAGGGGACAGACGCUACCAACCCGCCUGAGGGCUCCCAAGACAGGGGCUCCCAACAGAAAGGCCGCCUGUCCCUGCAGAACACAGCAGAAAUCCAGCACUGUUUGGUCACCGCAGGUGAUGUGGGAUGUGGCGUGUUUGAAUGUUUUGAGAACAACUCCUGUGAGAUCCGGGGCUUACAUGGAAUUUGCAUGACUUUUCUUCACAACGCUGGAAAAUUUGAUGCCCAGGGCAAGUCGUUCAUCAAAGAUGCCCUGAAGUGUAAGGCCCAUGCGCUGAGGCAUAGGUUUAGCUGCAUAAGCCGCAAGUGCCCUGCCAUCAGGGAAAUGGUGUUCCAGUUGCAGAGAGAAUGCUACCUCAAGCACGACCUGUGCUCUGCAGCCCAGGAAAACAUCCAGGUGAUGGUGGAGAUGAUCCACUUCAAGGAUUUACUGCUGCAAGAGCCCUACGUGGACCUGGUAAACCUGCUGCUGACCUGUGGGGAGGAAGUGAAGGAGGCCAUCACCCACAGCGUCCAGGCUCAGUGUGAACAGAACUGGGGGGGGCUGUGCUCCAUCUUGAGCUUCUGCACCUCGGCCAUCCAAAGGCCCCCCACUGUGCCCCCUGAACGCCAGCUACAAGCAGACAGAGCCAAGCUCUCCAGGGCCCACCACGGGGAAAUGGGCCACCACUUCGCAGAGUCCAGCAGUAGGGAGACCAGCCGAGGAGCGAAGGGCGAGUGGGGCAGCAAGAGCCACCCCAGUGCCCACACCCGGGCCAGAGCCGGGAGCCCCGGAGCCCAGGGAUCUUCGGGAAGCAGCGAGAGGGAGGAUGAACAGUCUGAGUAUUCCGAUAUCCGGAGGUGA